ACUUGACGCUGACCAUUGAAGGAAAACGGAGCAGAAGAGCGAAACAUGGCGACUUCGAACAAUCCGCGGAAAUUCAGCGAGAAAAUCGCUUUACAUAACCAGAAGCAGGCAGAGGAGACGGCGGCGUUUGAAGAAGUGAUGAAAGACCUCAGCAUUACCCGGGCAGCGAGGUUACAGUUGCAGAAGACUCAGUAUUUGCAGCUGGGACAGAACCGUGGGCCGUACUAUGGAGGAUCUUUGCCAAACGUCAAUCAGAUUGGAAACAGCACUGUUGAUGUGCCUUUUCAGAAUUCAGGGCUGGACACGAACAGAUCGACGCGACACCACGGGCUGGUGGACAGAGUCUACCGGGACCGGAACCGCAUCACGUCACCCCACCGAAAACCCCUGUCCAUUGACAAACACGGACGCCAGAUUGACAGCUGUCCAUAUGGCUCAGUAUAUCUGUCACCGCCACCUGAUACCAGCUGGAGGAGGACAAACUCUGACUCAGCACUGCACCAGAGCACACUAACCCCUGCCCAGCAGGCCUCUUUCACGGGAGGAUCACAGGAGCUCCAGCCAAAACAAGUUCUCCUGCUCACUGUUCCAGGGUCUGGAGCAGUUAAACAAGAGGUUGAUGAAGAGGGGCAGAAACAGAGCUGGGACUGUAAAAAGAACAUUUCAAGGUCCAAGCCCUGCAAAGUUCCUGGGAUCCACAUAUUCCCGUCUCCGGACCAGCAGCUGACCACCUCACUAAAACCAGCAGCCCACAACACGGGCGGUUCUCUGCCUGACCUGACCAACAUCCAGUUCCCUCCUCCGCUGCCCACCCCGCUCGACUCGGAUGAUGCAGCAGCCGCCUCGUUCAGCUCCUCUAACAGCACACAGACCCUGGCUAACACGCAAGGAGUGAACACCUCUCAGCCCACUGUAACCAUGGAAAUGCAGCCUGGGCAGGACAACAUGGUUCCUCUUAUCCUGAAUGCAGGAGACUCCCACCAGCACCAGAACCUCCAACUCUCCCCAACAUCUCCACCUCUCACUCUCACUCAGGCGGCCAUCAACGCUAUGAACCUUGAGCAACAGCUGUCCCAGUAUGCCUUCUUCAACCAGCAGCCGUCAUCCCAGACUCACCAGAGCCAGCAACAGACAGGUCUGGUCCAGCUACCAUCCUCCAUGAACUCCUGCUCCACGUCAGACAACCACACGUCCUCACAAACCAAUGUGACCAUGGACAUGAACACGGCCUCCUCCCUCCAACAGUACCGCAGUAGGGUUGGAUCCUCUGCCAAUCAGUCUCCAACCUCCCCUGUCUCCAAUCAAGGCUUCUCACCUGGAGGCUCGCCUCAACAUAACUCCAUACUGGGCAGCGUGUUCGCAGACUUCUACGACCAGCAGCUCCCGUCCAUUCAGGCCAGUGCUCUCUCACAACAGUUGGAGCAGUUCAACAUGAUCGAAACCCCCAUCAGCUCUGACAGCUUGUACAACCAGACCUCCACCCUCAACUACUCCCAGGCGCUUAUGAUGGGUUUGACUGGUGGUCACUGCAACCUUCAAGACUCACAGCAGCUGGGCUACAGUAGCCAUGGCAACAUCCCCAACAUCAUUCUCACAGUGAGCGGAGAGUCUCCCCCCAGCCUGCCCAAGGACCUGACAGGCUCGCUGUCGACAGAUGUCAGUUUUGAUGUCGACUCCCAGUUCCCGCUGGAUGAUCUCAAAAUCGACCCACUGACGCUUGAUGGCCUGCACAUGCUCAACGACCCAGACAUGGUCCUUGCCGACCCCGCGACAGAGGACGCGUUUCGCCUCGACCGGCUCUAACCACCGCACAACAUGCUCAAGCGCAGGUGUGUGAAUGUGGCUGCCCUGUUAGGUUGGGGGGGUGUUAAACCUAGGAGGAGCAGAUUUCUGGAGUGUGUUUGUAAAGGCCUCGUCAGGGCUUAGCGUCGAUUCCACACCGAGCAACCCAAUCAAACCCCACAAGAGAGCUUUUAAAAGAAACACUGUUGUAAGAAAAUGCAUCAAAAUGUUUUCUGAAGACUGCUGCCAGCCUCCCUUCUCUUUAAAACCGGAGAGAUGAUUUAAGACUGAUGACAUGCGAGUUAUGGUAUGAAUCAUGUUCAUGUGGUUCUGUCAUUGAAUUUUUUGAUUUAUUUCAGAUACCUAGUUAUUAUUUUAGGGAGCUUGAUAUAAAAAUAUCACGAGGGCAGAAGGAGCCUGGUCUUGUAUCUCUAUCAAUGACUGACUAAGCUAUGUCUGCAGAGCAAACCCUUAACAGACUACACAAUACAGCUCGUAGGUUAACAUAGAGUAGCUUGAAGACUCAGAGGAAAUACCUGUCAAGUUUAACCUCCCUCUGUGCCACGCUGGUCUUUCUCAGUAGUACGCAGAGUACUACUAAUUUGUCAAGAAUACUAAUUUUACGCUAAUCCCUGUGCGGUUUGUUAUAGAAGCCAAAGUCAGGUCAAGAUUGAUUUGAGUGAAGAUGCAAAGUCUUGAGUGAGUUACUAUUUUGCCACCUAAGUUAUUUUCAGGAAAAGCUGAAUUUUGAUUUUUACCAUAGUAAAUAGCAGUCAUCAGUUAUGCAUGAAAUCACAAAUCACUGUGCAUACUUGUUUUGCCUUAAUAGCUUGACAUUUUGGUUUUCAUGCAAAGAUGACUAUUAUAUAAAUGAGAAAUAAGUAAUGUUUACUGUUUUUCAGGUGGUUUGGCCUACAGUGUUCACAGUUGCAUUACUGUAGUCGUACAUUUGAGCUGUGCUGAUCUUUAUCCGUUACUUGGUCCAUUGUCACUACCAUAUCAUUUUUCACGUUCAUUUAUCAGUCAGAUCUGAGCGGAUAAAUGAAUUCUUUGUUAAGAAAUAUAGAUGUUUACAGGCUUGUUUUAUUUUAGAUUUUACAUGUACAGAAUGUGAUUAGAUUUUGCGUAAUAGUAUCUAUGCAAAACUACAGUGAUUGAUUUAGGACUGUAAAAUGAAACAGAUAAAAUGAACCCUAAUACAGAGGAGGCCAAUGUGCAGGAUUCUUAGAGAAUGCACAGUGAUGGUGCCAUGUUAUAUUUCUUUUGAAGCUCUUUACAUUUUGCUUUCAGGCUGAUAAUUUGUAGAGAGAAAAAAAAGGCUCGGUGAGUGUGGCAUACAGUAGAAACUCUCCUGGAUUACUCCCAAAGAUGUGACCUCAGUGUAGUUGAGAUAUAUAUAUUUUUCCAGACAAUUGAACUGCCUCUAUACUAGAACAGCAUUGUUGAUGCAAAGAGAAUGUAUUUAGGUCACAUCUGUACAGUUGUCUUGUUGCCAUCUGGUCAUCCUCAUUGCCUCUCAUUUCUAGCCUUUAUGUACUGUAGGACCAAAAAAUAUUUCACCUGUUUAUUUUCUCCCUGCAGAGGAGAUGUGGCAUACUGUUUGAAGUUUUAUAUAUGACUUUGUUAUAUUACUACAAUGACACUGAAUAUCACUUUCUUUGUCAUGCUUGUGUUGUGUGUGCCCUCAAUCGAUUUGUUCCGCGUCUCCCAGGUUUUUGGUUCUGCAUUAAUGUGGCUUCAUUUAAGGAAAAAAAAAAAAACAAUCCUCUGUGAUGUCUGUGUGUUUCUCAGUGAAUGGAUCCUUUGGAUUCACUCAUAACUAUGUCCCGUAUGUCAUUAUUGCACUUUAUGCAUUUAUUUAAAACACUGAUUUAUGAGAGUUUAUAUACCAAACCUCCCCCGCCCCCCGUGACUGUUAUGUGCACUGGACCUGUUUGCCCUGUCUUUGAUUAAACUUGCCUUCUUGUAAAAAAACAAAACAAAACAGAAGUAUGAAAAAAGCUCAAAUAAAUUA